GCAGGAGUUCAUGAUGGGAGCAUGUGAAGAUCCUAAUGAUUUUGCAGAGACUGAAGACACUUCCACAGAUGAUGCCUUUGGAGCAUUUUUCAGUGACGAUGCAUCCGAUGAAGAAGACGCAGAUGGCUCAAGUAGUGACUUUCAGUUUCAAAAUUCCACUGAUAUGAAUUCUGCCAUUUAUGAAGGGGCUCAAAUCACUCUUGGAGUAAGCAUGCUCUUGGUCAUUGCCUUUGCCACCAGACAUUCUAUAACUUCCUGAGGGUAUUACUGAACUUCUUCAGCUGCUACUACUGCACUGUAAUGUCAACAAUUGCCUGCCAAAAACAUUGUAUGCAUUCCAGCAGUUCUUUAAGGAUGUACAGCACCCCUUAAAAUACCACAAGUACUGCUCAUACUGUUUACUUGGGAUUGACACACCAUCAACUGGAUUGGGCACAUGUCAAAAUCCACAAUGCGGAAAGAGCUUACAAGACGAAGCAAGCGUAGCAGGAUUUAUUGAGAUUCCAAUCCACUCUCAAAUCCAAUCACUUUUCAAUCGGCCAGGUUUUAAAGAUAGCAUAAAAGCUAAAUCAAACCGUGUAAAAAGAAAUGAAUUGGCCAUUGAAGAUAUUUACGACGGAAGGCUUUACAAAGAGCUGGUUACACAAGGCAUUCUAAAUGAAUAUGAUAUAACUCUGACCUUAAAUACUGAUGGUGCCAAAAACAAGUCUGUGGCCUGUCUAUCUCAUGAUUAAUGAACUGCCUUUUUCAGAAAGAAUUCUUCUUGAAAAUAUGAUUGUUGCAGGGAUAUGGUAUAGUGUAAAAAAAAACGAAAAUGGCAGGCUUCCUGCGUCCAUGCAUGACAUCAUUAAAGCAGUUGGAAAAUGGCGUCAAAUUGAAGAUAGAUGAAAGUGAAGUCAACUUCAAAGCUAUUUUGCUUUCAAGUACAUGUGAUUUGCCAGCUAGAGCCUGUGUUUGUUCAAUGAACCAGUAUAAUGGUAGCUGUUCUUGCAUUAAAUGCAAACAAACUGGUAAAGUUGUUAAAGUUGGUAAGGGAAGCACACGAGUCUUCCCACCAGAUAUGGACAAUCUAGUUGGUCCUGCAAGAACCGAUGAAUCUGUUUGUGCAGAUGCUUUGGCAGUGACACAAUUAAAAAGCCCUGUGGACGGUAUUAAAGGACCUUCAUGGUUUUCUUACUUGAAAUUUUACAGUUUUGUAAAUGGCACAGCCAUUGAUUACAUGCAUGGUGUGCUUCUUGGUGUGACAAAAAGCCUGCAAGCCCUUUGGUUUUCAACAAAAUAUAGUGCUCAAGGGUUUAGUAUUUCAAAACAAAUUGAUGUAGUAAACAAAUGCCUUCUCCAAAUUAAGCCACCAAAUUACAUGUCUAGGCUUCCAAGAUCAUUGUCCGAUUCAAAGUACUUGAAAGCAUCACAGUGGAAACAUUGGCUACUGUACUUUGCUCCAGCAGUUUUGUAUGGCAUUUUGCUCCCAGAGUAUUAUUCUAAUUUUUUGUUGUUGAGUGAAGCAGUAUUUUUACUUUUGCAAGAUUCAGUCUCUUUAGAGGAUGUAAAUAGGUCUAGGCUUAUGCUUGCUAGAUUUGUUGCUAUAUUCCCCACCAUGUAUACAGAAGCUAAAAUGACACUCAAUGUGCAUCAAUUAUUGCAUCUCCCUGACCAAGUUCUAAAUUUGGGACCCAUGUGGUCGGUAUCAUGUUUUCCAUUUGAAGAUGCAAAUGGCUUCCUACUGCAGCUAUUCAAUGGGACACAACACGUUGACAAACACAUUGCCCAUGCAAUUGCAGUUAUACAAAAGAUUCCUGAAUUGAUGCCAGCUAUAGAGAAAAACACCCCAGCUCACGAUCUAUACAACAGAAUUAAGCGAAAAUGCUUAAAACACAAAGGAAGUUUCUUAGAGAAUGGGGUGUAUUUAGUAGGAGCAUCAAAAAUGGUAAAUGAUCUGUCAUGUUCUUUCAGGUGUGCAAUCACAGACAAACUUGGCAGUCCAAUAGGAAGAAUCAUCUCAUUUAAACGUGCUAAUAUAUUGGGCGACAUAUUUCACUCCAAGGCAUAUACCCGUGUACGUUUAAGAAAUAGUUAUACUGUUUCCUUUGAGGAGGACAAUGCUGUGUUGUGUGGUUUUAUUGAAAUUUUCCUUCAGGUUUCCAUAGAGUGUCAAUGUAUGGGUAAAUGUUAUUGCACUCCAACACAUUUUGCAAUGAUACGCAAUUUACCUGUGCUUGAAAAUCAUCGGGGGAUUUCAUACUUAAAGAAAGUAUGUGAGACUUCCCAAGACAAAAUCAGUGCUGUUCCCUUGAAGAAAAUUAGAAGGAAAUGUGUUUUUAUUGAUGUAACAGAAAGUAAUCUAAAGCUUGUUUGUACAGUACCAAAUAUCAUCGAGAAAGACUAGAUUGUUUACUGUGGGGUGAAUUAGCCCCCAUUAUGUACAUGUACUGGUAGCCCCUUUCUGUUCAGAAGCC